AUGGGAAGAUUGCUGUCCGUGUACAUGUUCACGGAUGAUACUAUACUUAAAGACCUCAAUCGAGACUCAAACGAACUCCAAAGCAUACAAAAGUUCUAUCUCGGCGCAAGUGAACACAUCAAGUCGAUCUUCUUCCAUGAGUUACUUCCCACUCCUCUGAUGAAGGGGGUCGCUGAGUUGGUGAAAGGAGAUCGUAACGCUGAGGUAAUCGCGUUGUAUGGAGAUCAUUGCCAGAUAGUCAAAUUCGAAGAAAGGGAAGAAAAUGACUAUCGUAAAGUCAUUGGACAUCUUUCAAAACUGGUGAAAGAGGCACCUGGCGAGGCAAAGAGGAAUUGGGAUAAAGAGAAGCGUCAUAAAAGUGCGAAAGCCUGUAAAUCUGCUACGAACUACGUUCAGCGUCCCCACAUCCAAGAUUUCCUCACAGAAAAGCUUCUCCCAUCUGAUACCCCUAAAGUACAACCGCGAUGUGUGCUCCAUGGCCUUGGCGGCAGUGGGAAAACUCAGGUCGCGUCAUUCUGGAUUGAAGAAAAUAAAAAUCGCCAGAAUCAAAUCGAGGCAGAUCUGGAAACCGCGAUUAGGUCGCUUGGCCCAGUAUGGAGCGAAGGUAGCUGGGAAGAUGCAGUAGCAUACCUAUCUAGAGAAAAGGGAUGGCUACUAUUUUUCGACAAUGCUGAUGGAUCCGACCUUCGUCUCGAAGACUACCUCCCCAACUCGACAAACGGAGCAGUCCUCGUAACAACGAGAAAUAGAGACUGUGUGAGCUAUGCUCCCGAUAGUCACAUGCGAGUCGGAGAAAUGUCAGAGAUCGAGGCCGUCGACCUUCUUCACUCGGUUGCAAACGUCCAUCCAUCAUCAAACGACACGUCAAUUGCAAUUGUGAAGGAACUAGGAAAGCUAGCUCUUGCGAUCACCCAAGCGGGCGCUUAUAUUUUCAAGACUCGCCAACUCGAUAGGUACUUGGGUAUCUUUCAAAAACAUCGAGCGAAGCUUAUGCGAGAAGCAUCCCUUAAAGGGAGAAAUUAUGAAGGAUCGACGUAUACUGCGUUCGACCUAUCAUUCAGACUACUCCCUGAGAAGUCGCAAAAGUUCAUGAAGAUUUGCGCGUUUCUUCACCACUCUCAUAUCCCGCAAGCGCUCUUCGAACAAUCCAUCACUAAUGGGUUUCGCUCCAACUUUGAUGUUGAGGGUUAUCCGCCUAUGCCCAACACGGAGAUCCUGAUAUCGAGCCUCGAAGAUACGUUUGGAUCGGAAUGGGAUGACGAUGCAUUCAAAGAGUUGGUCGAACCAAUUUUCCAGAGCUCAUUAAUCAAUGAUGGUUUCACUGACCAGGAGGAACAAAUCUUCUACAACGUUCAUCCUCUUGUUCAAACCUAUAUCCAAGACGACCUUGCUAUAGGCGAGAAAGAUCACUAUGCCAUCUCAGCUGGCCAGUUACUCGUCGGUGGGGUACGAUCCUCAGAGUACGACAACCGGUGGGAUCGAGAGUUAUUGCCACAUAUAAACAACUUGCCCACAAGUAUCAAAGAGGUGCAUAUCUCUUAUGCCGGGACAUUUGCCAGGGCCUAUAAAUCAGCUGGGAGGUGGAAUGACAGCCUUGCUCUUUGGAAAUACUGUGAUAUUGAGUGUACGAAAGAGUUUGGACAGCGGAAUACUACAAGAAUGUCAAUCAGAUCCAGACUCGCAAUAGCGCUAGGAGAAUGCGGGGAGUGGAGAGAAGUCGAGAAUAUUCAGCGGGAGGUUCUGGAGGUUAGGAGAGAGAUCCUUGGACUGCGACACCCCGAUACAAUCACAGCAAUGAAUAACCUUGCGUACACUCUCGGUCACCAUCGUCAGCUAGAAGAAGACGAGAAGAUUCAGCGGGAGGUUCUGGAGGCUAGGAGAGAGAUCCUUGGACUACGACAUCCCGAUACGAUCACGGCAAUGAAUAACCUUGCAAUCACUCUCGGUCACCGUGGGCAGCUAGGAGAAGCCGAGAAGAUUCAGCGGGAGGUCCUGGAGGUUAGCAGAGAGAUCCUUGGACUGCGACAUCCCGAUACAAUCACAGCAAUGAAUAACCUUGCACACACUCUUAUUCACCGGGGUCAACUAGAAGAAGCCGAAAAGAUUCAGCGGGAGGUCCUGGAGGUUAGGGAAGAGAUCCUUGGACUGCAACAUCCCGAUACAAUCACGGCAAUGAGUAACCUUGCAUCCACUCUCGGUCACCGUGGUCAACUAGAAGAAGCCGAAAAGAUUCAGCGGGAGGUCCUGGAGGUUAGGAGAGAGAUCCUUGGACUGCGACACCCCGAUACGAUCAGGGCAAUGAACAACCUUGCAUCCACUCUCGGUGACCGUGGUCAACUGGAAGAAGCCGAGAAGAUGAAGCGGGAGGUUCUGGAGGUUAGGAGAGAGAUCCUUGGACUGCGACACCCCGAUACAAUCACGGCAAUGAGUAACCUUGCAUCCACUCUCGGUGACUGUGGUCAGCUAGAAGAAGCCGAGAAGAUUCAGCGGGAGGUUCUGGAGGUUAGGAAAGAGAUCCUUGGACUGCAACACCCCGAUACAAUCACGGUAAUGAGUAACCUUGCAUCCACUCUCGGUCACUGUGGUCAACUAGAAGAAGCCGAGAAGAUGAAGCGGGAGGUUCUGGAGGUUAGGAGAGAGAUCCUUGGACUGCGACAUCCCGAUACAAUCACGGCAAUGAAUAACCUUGCGUAUACUCUCGGUGACCUUGGUCAACUAGAAGAAGCCGAGAAGAUUCAGCGGGAGGUUCUGGAGGCUAUGAGAGAGAUCCUUGGACUGCGACAUCCCGAUACGAUCAUGGCAAUGAAUAACCUUGCCUGGAUACUCCAGGAGUGUGGUAAACUGGAGGAGGCUGAGAAGCUUGAAAAAGAUGCCAUGGCCGGGUUUACACCUUUUUCUGACUCUCUCAUAGAAUGUUGGGCCGCUUCUCAGAGUCGACACGACAACUCAUAUGGCGUCGAUUAUUGGGGUAACGAAGAGGUUGGUAAGAUCUCAUACCAAAAAAGCGAAGCGAAACCCGAUCAAAAAACCGGACAUGCCUAUCCAGUUUCAAACAGGUUUUCACUUGACGAGAGUCAUGGAUGCCCGUGGUCGAAUGCAAAGCCUAAACCGCCACUUAGACCUCUGCAUUUCCACGCUCAUAUGUCGUCUACGAUGAUAGAAUGCACCAUUAAAGAAGCUACGACUCAGAUACUCGAGUCUCCUCUCAAAACAUGCGCGGUUACUUUCACAUUGGCCUCGCUCGGUUAUCUGACCAUAAAAAGCGCACAAAACAUGAUUUCCCGGAAAAGGGAAACCCAUCCAUAUCCUCCUGGGCCACCUAGUCGAUCAUUGGCCAACUGUAACCAUACACAGAUAACUCUAGCCUCGUGCCAAUGGGGAGGAGAACGCAGGUGGGCCUCCGGAUAUUGGGAGGCUGUCUUAGCUCCAGAUAACCCCACUGCGGCUCAUUAUAUAAUAGUGUCCACUCGUGAGGUCCACAAUCGAGAUAGGCAAAUGGUCUAUUCAUAUCAACCCGGAAUCGGAACCUAUGCUCCCCCUGGUGUCGCUGGGACGAUCAAGCAAGCACUCGUCAAGACCGCCGACCUUCUCGUAGCUUGGUGCCUCAAUCAGCACGAGGUGCUAAUGGUGGUGACUAGGAGAGGUCCUUAUACCGCUCGAGCGUUGGCUGGAAUGGUCCACUGGGUCGGACUACUUCCACAAGGCAAUCACGAGCAGGGAGCCACCGAGGGCUCAAGUUUAAAGAGACAUUUUGUAAAACUGGACACAGUCGCCAGUGUUGGCCUUCUCCUCCCAAAGACCCUGCCAUUCGUGUCCAAUGACACUGUCAAAACAUUUCGCCACGCCGUGUCACUUGACGAGCAUCGUAAACGCUUUGAUGUCACCCUGUGGAACCCCAAUGAAGAAGUCACCGGGGGCCUGAGCAUCCUGCAGGAUGCCUCGGUGAAGGAAGUCUGGUUCGCUGAUGUUGGUGGAGGGCACGUCAAAGAUGGUACUUCACCCAAUCUGGCAAAUAUCUCUUUGAGAUGGAUGCUAAGUGAGAUAAAAAAUCAUUCGAGCAUCUUGUUCAGUGAUGAACGUCUGGACAAAUACGGGAUACCCAAGGACUGCGUACCCCGCGCUCCAUACCAAAAGAAUGUACACACCGUCUCCAGGUUGGGAAAUGACGAGAUCAAAUCAACACGAAUAGGUUCGAUAGAGGUCGCCCCUCCCGGAGCGAACAUUCCAAAGUGGGAAGAAGCCGACGAGAUAGACUGUGCGGCCGAAGUCCACGACAUGCUUCGACUAAAUCCACUAUGUAAACUUGAGACUGUUUGGCUGAUUGAUGAUGAUAUUUCAUUAGCGUUGAUGGUUUGGGGAGACGAGUCUUUCCCAGAGACCGGAGGAAUUGGGUCGACGAUUGCCACCCGAAUCAGCCUAAUAGCCCUUGAUUUCUUGAUUCACCGACCGAAUGUAUCACUUGAGAAUCAAAAUAUUAUUUAUUACAUCCCUGUUGUUGUUGCGAGUGUUCGAGUGCGAGCUCUAAAUCCGGCGGACCUCCAAACUUCGUCCCAACCAGGACUAGCAGAUAUACUGUGGGUCGCUGAAUGUCCGGCCUACACCAUCCGCAAACACACCAUGCAACAAAUUCUUCCGAAUAUUGGUCCAAUCAGCCUCGAGGGUCAAAUUUUGCAUUACAGUACUGAAUUUAUCGACUCCAGCUUUCCAGGUUCUUGGAAUAUUCCCUACGCGAAUAGGCCUAUAUAUAUAAUGGCUGUAGGUAUGCUACCCAUAAUCCAACAACCUGUUUUGGUCUCUCCCACGACCGAACAUAACAAAGUAAGGAGUAAAAUGGACUUGAAAGACAUGGCACCGGGCGACUUGGUGGCCAAGAUAUUCGAUUCGCCAUUCGAAUCGCUCAUAAUUUCAUUCUCGGUCGCUUCGCUUGGUUAUCUCGCCAUGAAGGGCGAAGACAGCUUAACG